AUCCUGCGCACUCCUUCGACCUUCCUUUACCACCCACCCCAACCAGAUCCUGAAUCCACAAUAUUUGAAUAAAUUAUUUCCUGAAAUUCAUUAAAAUUACUACACACACAGAGACACAGAUCUAUAUGUAUAUAAAUAAAGAUAAUGCAUAUUUCAUCAGCCACUCCACCACCAUACCUCACUCUGCUCAUGAGCCAUUGAAACAACCUCAAAUCUCUCUCCACACCCAAUCUUGGGUCUCUUGAUUCCCCAUUUUCUCGACCCAUUUCGCAGAUGGAUCGUGCCCGAAAGCUCGCUGGGCGUGCCAUUCUGAGGCGCUUAAUCUCAGACUCAAAGCAACAGAGGCCUAAUGAGCUCUUACCCCCUGUUAUCUACACACCUUCAAGGUAUGUUUCUUCAUUGUCUCCUUACAAUUUCAAUACCAAUCUGGGGAAAUCUGUGGGGAGCUUUAAUGGGUCUCUGUCAAGAUCCUUAAAUGUUGAAUCUUUAAGGCCUAGUGAUACUUUCCCACGUAGACAUAACUCGGCUACCCCAGAUGAACAAUCUAAAAUGGCUCAGUUUUGUGGGUUUGAGAGUCUUGAUAGUCUUAUUGAUGCUACUGUGCCUAAAAGUAUUAGACUUGAUGAGAUGAAGUUUAAUAAGUUUGAUGGGGGCUUGACUGAGUCUCAAAUGAUUGAGCAUAUGAAGAUGUUGGCUUCAAAGAAUAAGGUGUUUAAGAGUUUUAUUGGGAUGGGGUAUUAUAAUACUGCGGUUCCUCCUGUUAUUUUGAGGAAUAUAAUGGAGAAUCCAGGGUGGUAUACUCAGUAUACUCCGUAUCAGGCUGAGAUUUCGCAGGGACGGCUGGAGUCCUUGUUGAAUUAUCAGACUGUCAUUACGGAUUUGACGGGGCUGCCUAUGUCGAAUGCUUCGUUGCUUGAUGAGGGGACCGCGGCUGCUGAGGCAAUGGCUAUGUGUAAUAAUAUCUUGAAGGGGAAGAAGAAGACGUUUAUUAUUGCGAGUAAUUGUCAUCCACAGACAAUUGAUGUGUGUAAGACGAGAGCAGAUGGUUUUGAUCUUAAGGUUGUGGUGAAGGAUCUUAAGGACUUUGAUUACUCUUCGGGGGAUGUUUGUGGGGUUUUGGUUCAGUAUCCUGGUACGGAAGGUGAGGUUUUGGAUUAUGGGGAGUUUGUGAAGAAUGCACACGCGAAAGGUGUGAAGGUUGUUAUGGCUAGUGAUUUGUUGGCCCUGACGUUGUUGAAGCCUCCGGGUGAAUUUGGCGCCGACAUCGUUGUUGGUUCUGCUCAAAGAUUUGGAGUACCAAUGGGUUAUGGAGGUCCUCAUGCAGCCUUCCUGGCAACAUCCCAGGACUACAAGAGAAUGAUGCCCGGAAGAAUUAUUGGUGUCAGUGUUGAUUCUUCCGGCAAGCCUGCUUUACGUAUGGCAAUGCAGACUAGGGAACAACACAUUCGAAGAGACAAGGCUACAAGCAACAUAUGCACUGCUCAGGCAUUGCUUGCCAAUAUGGCUGCUAUGUAUGCUGUUUACCACGGACCUGAAGGUCUUAAAGUCAUUGCCCAGCGAGUCCAUGGUCUUGCUGGGAUACUAGCUGCUGGCCUAAAGAAAUUGGGGACCGUGGAAGUCCAGGAGCUUCCCUUUUUCGACACUGUGAAGAUUAAGUGUGCUGAUUCAAAAGCAAUUGCUGAAGCUGCUUACAAGAGUGAGAUGAAUCUUCGGAUCGUUGAUAAGAAUACACUUACAGCUUCUUUUGAUGAAACCACAACCUUAGAGGAUGUUGACAAGCUAUUCAAAGUUUUCGCAGGCGGGAAAUCUGUUCCAUUCACCGCUGCAUCUCUUGCAUCAGAGGUUCAGGAUGUUAUCCCAUCCGGGCUCGUAAGGGAGACACCGUAUCUAACGCACCCAAUCUUUAACUCAUUCCAUACUGAGCAUGAGCUUCUCCGAUACAUUCACAAGUUGCAGUCGAAGGAUCUCUCAUUAUGCCACAGCAUGAUUCCCCUAGGAUCCUGUACAAUGAAAUUGAAUGCAACAACAGAAAUGAUGCCUGUAACAUGGCCUAGCUUUACAGAUAUGCACCCUUUUGCACCUACUGAACAGGCUGAGGGUUAUCAGGAGAUGUUCAACAAUUUGGGUGACCUCUUAUGUUCCAUUACUGGCUUUGAUUCUUUCUCUCUACAACCGAAUGCUGGUGCUGCUGGCGAGUAUGCCGGGCUGAUGGUCAUUCGUGCAUAUCAUAUGGCAAGAGGAGACCACCAUCGUAAUGUAUGUAUUAUACCAGUCUCUGCACAUGGAACAAAUCCUGCUAGUGCUGCUAUGUGUGGAAUGAAAAUUGUGACUAUUGGAACUGAUGCCAAAGGAAAUAUCAACAUCGAAGAGUUGAAAAAAGCUGCUGAAGCAAACAAAAAAAAUCUUUCUGCUUUUAUGGUUACAUAUCCUUCUACUCAUGGAGUCUAUGAGGAAGGUAUUGAUGAAAUAUGUAAGAUUAUUCAUGACAAUGGUGGUCAAGUGUACAUGGAUGGAGCCAACAUGAAUGCUCAGGUUGGGCUGACAAGUCCAGGCUGGAUCGGUGCUGAUGUUUGUCAUUUGAAUCUCCACAAGACAUUCUGCAUUCCCCAUGGUGGAGGUGGUCCUGGCAUGGGCCCUAUUGGUGUAAAAAAGCACUUGGCACCUUAUCUUCCAUCCCACCCCGUGAUCUCUACAGGAGGUAUACCAGCUCCAAAUGAGGCACAACCCCUCGGUACCAUUUCUGCGGCUCCAUGGGGUUCUGCUCUUAUAUUGCCAAUAUCGUACACAUACAUUGCUAUGAUGGGAUCUGGAGGGCUUACAGAUGCUUCAAAGAUUGCCAUCUUGAAUGCAAACUACAUGGCAAAACGUUUGGAGAAUCACUUCCCUGUUCUUUUCCGUGGUGUCAAUGGAACAGUUGCCCAUGAAUUUAUAGUUGAUUUGAGGGGAUUCAAAAAUACUGCUGGUAUAGAGCCUGAAGAUGUUGCAAAACGUCUCAUGGACUACGGUUUCCACGGGCCAACAAUGUCAUGGCCUGUUCCAGGAACGCUCAUGAUUGAACCUACUGAAAGUGAAAGCAAGGCAGAGAUGGACAGGUUUUGUGACGCCCUUAUCUCCAUCAGAGAAGAAAUUGCACAGAUAGAGAAAGGAAAAGUUGAUGCCAACAACAAUGUUCUUAAGGGAGCUCCUCAUCCACCAUCACUACUCAUGGCAGACAAAUGGACAAGACCAUAUUCUCGAGAAUAUGCAGCUUUCCCCGCCGCCUGGCUCCGAUCCACCAAGUUCUGGCCAACCACUGGACGUGUGGACAAUGUAUAUGGUGACCGUAACCUGGUCUGCACUCUUCUCCCAACAAAUGGGGUCGAAGAGCAAGAGGCAGCAGCUUCUGCAUAAGUUCAUGCAUUACACUGCCAAGGGAAAGUUCCUUUCCAAACAUGUAACAUCAGUUUCUCCAUAUAUCUUAUUUUCUCCUGUAUAUAGUUUAUAAACUUCACAUGUGCUGUCUUUUCUCUUCAAACUAUAUUUGAACAGCAGCAGCAGCAGCAUUAAUACAUGAUCUGUCUUGAUUUAUUUA